AUGGUGUUCAAACCCUGGACAGAAAGAGCUCCUCGUCAUAUUUUUGAAGAUAUAUCAACUUUAACAUCUUCACCAAUCCCAAGAAUUGAAAUAUCUUGUUCAUUAACUGGUCAAGUUCUUAUAUUACCAAAUACUUUGCAUUUCAUUAAAGAAGCCUUAUUGAAACAAGGUGAUUCCAAAUUAAUUGGUGGUUUGAAAAUAUUUAGAAUUGUUAAAAAUCAAAUUGAAAGUGAAGAAUACAUUGAAGAUGAACAAUUAUAUAAAGCUAAUGAAUCAAAUCAAGAAGAAUUGAGUGAUGAAAUUGAAAUCUAUCAAAUUAAUGGGAUAAAUAUCAUCGUGACUCCCAAUUUCCAAGAUGUUAUAAAUUAUGAAAUCAUUGCAAGAGAUAUUAUAAAGUUUCCAAAUAUUGAAAUAUUAACAAUAACACCAGGUACAUUACCUUUCAAUUGUAAUAUAGCAGAAAUUGGUUCAAGUUCAACAAAUUUCCCACAAUUAUCACCUCCAUUCAUCAUAACUGGGAUUUCUGCAAGUCUUGUUAGUAAUUCAAAAACUCAAUCAAAGAAUAAUAUUCAAACACUAGUAUUACAAAGUGAAGGUGUUUCAGGUUUUGAAAAAAUUAAUAAUGAUAGCAUCAAUGAAUUAGCUCAUUAUUUACAAGACAAAUUUAAAUUAAAUUCAAAUUUCAUUAAACAUGUGGAAUCAUUAGUUAACACUGGAUCAAGUGUAAACAAUUUUGGUUUAUAUAUAUAG